AUGUCGGAUCCGGGAACCGCUACAGGCACUCAUGCCUCCGCCGGAUCGCCGGGCUCCCCUGCCUCCGCCGGUCUGUCAGGUUCCCGCGCCCCAGCUGACUCGACAGGUUCCCGCGCCCCAGCCGGUCUGUCAGGUUCCCGCGCCCCAGCUGCCCCUCACCAAGCCUCCAGACCCCUCACCAAGCCCCUAGCCAAGCCUCCAGACCCCUCAUCAAGCCUCCAGACCCCUCACCAAGCCCCUAGCCAAGCCUCCAGACCCCUCACCAAGCCCCUAGCCAAGCCUCCAGACCCCUCACCAAGCCCUAACCAAACCCCUCACCAAGCCCCUAGCCAAGCCUCCAGACCCCUCACCAAGCCCCUAGCCAAGCCUCCAGACCCCUCACCAAGCCUCCAGACCCCUCACCAAGCCCCUAACCAAGCCUCCAGACCCCUCACCAAGCCCCUAGCCAAGCCUCCAGACCCCUCACCAAGCCCCCUAGCCAAGCCUCCAGACCCCUCACCAAGCCCCUCACCAAGCCUCCAGACCCCUCACCAAGCCCCAAGCCAAGCCUCUAGACCCCUCACCAAGCCCCUAGCCAAGCCUCCAGACCCCUCACCAAGCCCCUAA